AUGGUCGCUCGCCGAAACGAACAUCGUCGAAUUGACAUAUCGCCGAAUCGCCCGCACCGAAACGUCCUAGAUCCUAAGCAGGACAUUUCCUCAUGUAUUACGUCUGAAUUAGAAGAUACGUCACGUUCAUUAUCAUCCCCCUCCAAAAAGCGAGCACGUUCUUCUAUGAUUUCUUCAAUAAAAAAUACAGAUGAUUCAACUCCAAUAUCAGAUCUUGUCUCAAAAACUAUUGUUGCUGAUUCUACUAAUUUUAUGAAUGUAUAUGAUAUAGGAUUUUAUAUAAACCGUACGUUAUCACAAAAUGAAAUAUCUAUUAUGAAUAAUCUAUGGGUGCCAGAUAUCAACUACAAAUUUCCAAUGAAAAAGUUUAUGAAAAAAAACAAGCAAGUAAAUUUAAAGUUUCAAUAUUCGUGGCUUCUGAAGUAUCCAUGGCUAUGUUAUUCCAAAAAGAAUGCGGCGCUUUUUGUAAAUUUUGUGUAG